AUGUCUACGCAAGAGCAACAGCUCUGUCAAUGCUUGAUAGAGCUGCCGAAGCGAUUCAAAUACCGAUACCAAGAACCUGCCAACCGAGAACUUUUACAAAAUCUCUUCUGGUCCAUGGCCGGAGGCAGACCCGAGAAUAUGCGAUUAUUCUUUCCUAACGGCGGAACCACCGCGCGAGGUAGUGUCAAGCUCCGAGAAGCUCAAGGUGCAGUGGAUGGAGCCGAAUACACCGAAGCCGCCCGCGGCAAGGCAUGUGGUCACAUAUUUAGGGCCGGGGAGGCAUCGUAUGGCUGCAAAACCUGUAGUACCGAUGAGACAUGCUGCUUAUGCAGCAAAUGUUUCAACGCUACAGACCAUACAGGUCAUAUGGUACGAAUAUCGAUAUCGCCAGGAAACAGUGGGUGCUGUGAUUGUGGAGACCCGGAAGCAUGGAAGACUCCUAUGUUUUGCACCAUCCAUAGCGAACGCGAAGAAGACCGAUCGAAAGGAAAGGGCAAGGAAGUUGCUGGGUUACCCGAUGAAGUGGUAUCCAAUAUUCGUAUGACCAUUUCUCGAGUCCUCGAUUUCAUUUGCGACGUCAUAUCCUGCGCUCCCGAGCAGCUCCGACAGGCGAAGACAAAGGAAUCCAUCGAACAAGACGAGAGGAUGUCUCGCUUAGCCUCGACUUACUGUGGAGGAGAUAUCGACCCGCCGGAUGAGUAUGCAUUGCUGCUCUGGAACGAUGAAAAACACACCGUUAAGGAAGUGCAAGAUCAGGUUGCUAGAGCAUGCAGCACGACUCUUGAUGAAGGAUAUAAUAGGGCGGCGGAAACUGACUCUAUCGGUCGGAGUAUUCUCAAAUACGAUGCGAGUAUCGAGGAGCUUCUAAGAUGCGCGACUAUCCUCGAACACAUCAAGAUCACCGUCACCAUUAGAUCCUCACGAGAUACAUUUCGAGAGCAGAUGUGUGGGACCAUGAUUGACUGGUUGAAUGAUAUUGCGGGUUGUAGUGUGGGGAACGAUCACAGCAUCCUUCGACAGGUCAUCUGUGAAGAACUCCUAAAGCCCUGGAGGAAAGGGAGCCCUGGUACGCAUGCUAUGCCUGGCAAAGAUGGUCUUGAAGACGAGGCGAAACUUGAAUACGACCCACUUGAAGCUCAUACGGCUAGGAUAUUCAUACGACAAGCAAGGUUGUUUGCAGAAGCCGGGAACACAGCUACACUGGCCGAAUUUCUUGAUUCAGACGAUGAUGAUAAUGAUGACGAUGACGACGAAGAUAUGGAUGGUGGCAAUCGAACCCCUUCUAGCGGGGAAGAAGAUAACGACGAAGAUGAUGACGAAGAUGAAGACGUAAUGAUGAUAGACACUAGGCCGGAGGGAGGUGCCGACGUGAACGUGCCCGACUGGAUGGGGCCGAGCGUCGCGUCUCUUGAAGAGGAAGAGGCAACAAUGGCAGGUUAUCCGCCACCUCCGCCACCUCCCCCGGUACCUCGACGCGGAACUCGAGACCGGGAUCUCACACCAUCAGACUCGGAUACUGCGGAGCCGUUGAUAGCACCAACGGUGUACGCAAAGGCAAACUUGGAGAUUCCUAAGACCCCUGGGCUUUCAAAAGCAGACAAGUCAGGACCUCCCAAACCCGGACGGUACUGGGUUGAAACGCCUGCGGCUUAUAUGGAGCGUGAUAGUAUCCAUCCAUUCGAGGACGUUUUCCAACGAGUCCGUCUUGACUGGUUAAUCCUUUUCGAUUUGAGGAUGUGGAAGAAGGUCCGUAAUGACCUCCGCUCACUAUACAUAUCUACGGUUGUUACUAUUCCUGAGUUCAAGAGAGUCUUGGGUCUUCGGUUCGCCGCCCUAUAUACGACACUAGCACAAUUAUACCUUAUAGGGGACCGAGAACCCGACCACUCAAUCAUCAACAUAUCAUUACAAAUGCUCACAACACCUUCCAUAACGGCUGAGGUGGUUGAAAGAGGCAAUUUCUUGACGACGCUCAUGGCUAUACUAUACACAUUCUUGACUACAAGACAAGUGGGACAUCCUUGGGAGGUUUCAUCUAGUGCUGUACUUGGGUUCGAUACGGGAUCAGUAACAAACCGACGAAUGUAUCAUUUUUACGUGGAUUUGAAAUUCUUGCUCGGUUCGCCUCAUGUUCAAGAGCGGAUGAGAACUGAAGAAAGGUACCUCAUGCAAUUCCUUGAUUUGGUGAAGUUACACCAGGGUAUUUGUCCGAAUGUGCGAGCCGUCGGGGAGCACGUGGAAUAUGAAACCGAUAGCUGGAUUGGCGCUUCGUUGAUGACACGGGAAAUCAACAGGCUCUGCAGACUUAUCUCCGGUUCUUUCCGCAAUCUCCCAGAACAUGAUUCUCCAUACCUGUCAAAGGCUAUUCGGACAGCUGCCAAGAGUGUCAUCAUAAAUUCUGUCGGAGCUGAGCGUGCUAGGUUCACGCAAGCUGAGAUUAAAGAUGAGAUACGGUUCAAGGCGUUGAAUGACUUCGAAUUUGCGGGUGAAACUACUAAAUUCGAUGUUGUGAAAUUUGUUGUGGAAGAACAGUCAAUCAGUUUCCACCAUGCGUUGCACUACACUUUAUCUUGGUUGAUCGAGUGCGGAAAGAACAUGUCCCCGCAACACCUGAAGUCGAUAUUAAGCUUUACUUCACAAGAGCUCAGGAUGAAGCCUCGUUCAAUGGGUCGAAAGACAAUGCCCAAACGGGACUAUUCUCCUGAGGACUACCUCAUGGCUGCAUUCGACUAUCCCCUACGCGUGUGCGUUUGGCUCGCCCAGAUAAAAGCUAGCAUGUGGGUACGCAACGGCAUUAGUUUGAGGCAUCAAGCCGGGACGUACAAGAAUAUUCUCCAUAGAGAUGUUACUCAUGCCCGGGACAUUUUCCUCCUCCAAACUGCAAUGGUGGUGUGCAAUCCGAGCCGCGUGCUUGCCUCCAUUGUCGAUCGCUUUGGCAUGGAAGCAUGGUCUAAAGGGCUUUUCGAACAGACCUCAACCGCACAAGAUAACAUUCAACAUCUUGACGUAGUUGAAGACAUGAUUCAUUUCUUAAUCGUACUGCUAAGUGACCGAACCUCGCUCAUCCCUGUCACGGACGAAGAGCAGACGCAUCUGAUGGCAAUGCGUAGAGACAUUACUCAUGUCCUGUGCUUUAGACCGCUUUCCUUCAAUGAAAUAUCUAGCAAGUUACCAGAGAAGUUUCAUGAGCAAGAGGAGUUCCAACGUGUGUUAGACGAAGUAUCCACAUUUAAACCACCGGAGGGUGUCUCGGACGUCGGAACUUUUGAACUCAAGCCACAGUUUAUCGAAGAUAUUGAUCCGUACAUUGCGCACUACAACAAGAAUCAACGAGAAGAAUCAGAGGCUGCCUAUCGCAAGUGGAUGGCGAAAAAGGUGGGCAAGCCGGCUGAAGAGAUCGUAUACGAACCUAGGUUACGACCGAUAGAGACCGGUGCCUUCGUGGGACUGGCUCAAUUCACUAGCACUGGGAUGUUCGCACAGAUCAUCUACUACUCUCUUCUUUACCCUCUUGUUGCCGCCAAGUUUACACCCAAGGUACCUUUCACUAGGAUAGAAACGUUCUUGCAAGUCGUGCUGCAUUUGAUUCUCAUCGCCAUUGCCGAGGACAAAGCCAGCGAGGCAGAGUCUACGACCGAAGAUGGAUCGUUUGUGUACAUCGCUUUGACCACACAUGGUCGCAGUAAUUUCAUGCAAGAUGCGCCCGCUGCCAAGACAAUUGUAUCACUUCUAGAUAUGAUGUCAACUAAAGAAGAGUUUAAGGCCUGCCAAGCCAAGAUCGCUCUGAUUCUUAAGAGGAUGAAACAGAAAUAUCCACAACAUUUCAAUAUCGCCUAUUCACAAUUAGGCAUACCCGUCGACCGGAUUGAUACAGCCUCGCCGGCAAGUACUCAUAAUGCCGAGGAAGAACGCGAACGAAAGAAGAAAGCCGCGCUGGAUCGUCAAGCCAAGGUCAUGGCACAGUUCCAGCAGCAGCAAAAGAACUUCCUGGAAAUGCAAGGAGAUGUCGACUGGGGUGAAGAAGAGUGGGAUGAAAUGGAUGAGACUAGGCCGGUAGAAGAGCAAAAGAAUUUCUGGAAGUAUCCAAGAGGUACCUGCAUUCUAUGCCAAGAGGAUGCUGACGAUGGACGUAUCUAUGGAACCUUCGCUCUCUUUACUGAGAGUAAAAUCUUACGGCAAACCGACCUUCAGGAUCCAGAUUUUGUUCGAGAGGCUGCGAGCACACCGGCCAACCUUGAUCGAUCAGCCGAGGAAAUACGACCAUUUGGCCUUGCUCAUGAAAAUAGAGAGAGGGUGGAAAAAGUCAAUGUUGACAAACAGACAUUCGUUAGCGAAAGACAAGGCUUAGGCAAGGGGUUCCCAGCCAAGCUUUGUCGAACAGGGCCUGUAUCUGUCGGGUGUGGUCAUAUCAUGCACUUUAGCUGCUUUGAUAUGUAUAUGGAUGCAACUGUUCGCCGACACGGCCACCAAAUCGCCCGCCAUCAUCCCGAGUCUCUAGAGCGUCUUGAAUUUGUAUGUCCCCUCUGUAAAGCCCUUGGAAAUGCCUUCUUGCCAAUUACAUGGGAUGGUAAAGAAGAGGCCUACCCGGGUAUCCUACAGACAAAGACGGACCUUUCCUCCUUCAUUUUGGAGUACCUUCAUUUGAAUGGGGUAGUAUCUCAAGAUCAGAUACAGAAAGUAUUUUACAACCACGUAGAAACUAGAAUGCCAGCAAAUCUUUUGGACAAGUCAAAUGUCAUUAGCGCCAGCAGUUCUAGCCGGGCAAUACCAUUCUGGGAUCCUCGCAAUUUUGGAUCCGCUCCUUCGGUAGGCUCUUCCGGCGAUACGUUCUCCCUUUCGGCUACCCCCGGAUCGAGCAUACGAUCGCAUUCGCCGCCGGAGUCGCAACCCGGUGAAGAAGAGUUAAUGUCGAUUUACCGACGCCUACGCGACACGCUCCGUAAAAACAAGCUUAUUGGACGUUUAUACGACCUCGAUGACCGAGACGAUGACCUGUAUGCGAGCGACACCUUAACAUCUUCUGUGGGCUAUUCAAUUUCGGCAGCCGAGAUACAACAACGAGGCGUCGAGGCCCAAUAUGGGUCGACCCUAAUUGAAAAGAUGCCAGAGCAGCUCCUAGUGCAGCUUCGAAUUUUGUCUGAGACUGUCUCAUCGUAUAUUGCAGUUGGCGGCCUUAGACACGGAAGAGACAACCGCAUCAAGAACGAAUUCUCUGAGGCUUGCCAGCGACAAUACUGCCAACUCUUAGUGCCAACGUACUUGGACAGGGAUGUGGCUGACAAUACGCGAUCGACCGAAGACUACCCACCACUAUUUGAGCAAGACAUAUUCAUAUUCUUAUGCGAGACCAUGUUUGGCCUCUCUGUCGCAUAUGGCAUGGAUCCGAUGCACCUUGUCAGAAUUUGUUAUCUCGCUGAGAUAGUCAAAGUGGUCUACAACAUAUCUCGAAAUCUUACGCUUUCCAAGUUACUCGAAUACAUGAGUAAACGGGACGUAGACAACCCCGCGAUGAAUAACUUCGCCAGCUUCUUCCAUAACAUCACAGUGGCUGGAAUGGACAUCACUCAGGGCAUCGGCGACGAGGCUAUGCCUUCUAGUGAACUAUCCAAUUUAGGAUUUGAUCAACCAAGCCUGGACAACUUGGAAAGCCUCCACUCAUUUGUCAGGAAGUAUGCCCUAGUAUUCCUACGAAAGGUGACCAUUCUCCUUCAUGUUCACCUCGGAGUUGAUUUCAAUAGUCAUAUAUCUCCAGUCCCAGAAGCAGAUGAACUCACACGUUUAACGACCGCACUGCGUUUACCAUCAUUUGACGAGAUGUGUACAGCAUUGACACCUCUGCACAGCCAGUAUGGAUGGCCGCCGCGUAUGGAAGUUCUUGUUAAAGGUUGGCUCCACCACCAGAUUGGAGGCUACGAUGGCAGUCGCCCCGCUGCUGAAUUAGGUCCUAAUCCGCCGCUGUGCGCUCAACUAAGCCACCCCGGAAUCUUCGAGCUUGUCGGCUUACCCAAGAACUACGAUACUCUUAUCGAAGAGUGCGCCAAAAGAAGAUGUCCCAAAACCGGCAAAGAUUUGGCCGAUCCUAUUGUGUGCCUAAUGUGCGGUGACAUAUUCUGUGGGCAAACUAUGUGCUGCCUCAUGGAGUACCGAGAGCCGGGACCGGACAAACCAACAAUGAGGAUUGGGGGUGCACAGCAGCAUAUGCUGUUCAAGUGUCAAGGCAACAUCGGACUCUUCAUCAAUAUUCGCAAGUGUGUCAUCAUCUACCUGCAUCGCACGUCAGGCAGCUUUAGCAACGCGCCGUACAUUGACAAGUAUGGUGAGGUGGACAUCGGCUUGCGCCACGGCCGUCAACUUUUCCUCAACCAGAAACGUUACGAUUCAAUGCUACGCACCAUGUGGCUCAGCCACGGCAUCCCCAGCUUCAUUUCCAGAAAACUUGAAGCCGAUAUUAACAGCGGCGGCUGGGAAACUAUAUAA